CAUGUACCUGUGAGGCAAAGUGGCAGAUCCCUUUUAAGGACAGUUCAUCCUCUAAAUGCUCUGGGAAAUCAAGACGUGAGGUUUCCUGAUCUACUUUUGUGGAAGCAGCCUUUCGAGGACUUACAGAUGGCUGUUUCAAAUCCAAGGUUGGAUGCCUCCCUUCUGCCUCUCAGACAGUCAGACAUGUGUCUGGUUUGUAUUGCAUUUGCUUCGUGGGUACUGAAGACUGCAAACCCACAAGUUGGAGACACCUGGAAGGCUGUUCUGCUGGCGAAUGUAAGUGCCCUGUCAGCCAUCCGAUACCUGCGUAAAUACGUCAAGAUGGAGGCGGCAAUCACUGAGAAGAACAUGAAUUACAACGCCCCGUCGGAUUCUUGAUGUCUCGCCUCUCAUUACGUCACGCUUAGAGUGAAACAUUCUUCAUUGAACACCUGAUACAAGCCAGUGCAAGACCUCAGUUCUUCAUGGAAUUUGUAAAGUGUUUGAUAUGCUGUUACAUGUUUGCUUUACGUAUUUGCACUAUAAUUGUUUCAUGGAAUAUUAAGUUUUAUUGAUAUCUCCAUUGAAUGGACAUGGAAAAGGGUUUCAGUUACUGCAGUUGUUUUGUUUUUUGCUAGAUUAAUUUGAUUUGAUAUUUUGAUCUUUAACCUUUGAAAGCAUUCAUAUGAA